CUUACACUAUAUCAGUUCCGCUACGUAGCCGAGAGAUGGCCCAAAUGGUUAGAUCGCGAAUUUACUGACCGGAAGGUCCGUGGUUCGAACCCGACCUCUGCCUCCCGACUUGCCCUGUCUAGGCUUGGGCAACCUGGCGGUAUCUCAGCCCUCGUGCAACCUACGAGUGGCAUGGCAGUUAGGCACCGAAAGGAGCAACAGCCACCUGAUCUACAACUAGCUAAUGCGCCAGAAAGAAAAGAAAGAAAUAUGCAAUUGUAG